AUGGAAAGCAGCAAUUUGUCAGAAUAUGGAGACUAUCUCUCCAAGAGUUUCAAUGCUGGCGAACUCGCCAAUAAACUGCUUUUAGAGACCAACAACGCACAAGAUUCAGAUAUUGAGCUUGAAACGUCGAUAAAGAGGCUCGACUUCGAUAUAAGCGACUUGAACUCGAAGAUAGAUGACAAUGUUCGGGAGAAUUCCGGGCUCUUGAUUGAGGAGUUUGCCCAGGUAGAGAAGUUCAAGGAUGAAAUCAAAGUAAUUCAGCCCUCGGUCGGCCAAUUGAACAACUCAUUCCAAAGGUUGGAGAACGAGAUCAUCAAGCCGUACAACGAAUGUGUCAAUUUGCAGAUGGCUUUGAAGAAGGUGCACCAAACUAACAAGCUGUUGCGAUCUUUGACUUUUGCGAUCUAUCUCAUCAACAAGAUUGAGGAGAUUGACAAAAGUGAGAAUAAUCUCUCUGUCAAGCCGUUCAAGCACCUGUACAGCUUGUCCGUUCUGCUAAGGGAGCUCACGAGCUAUAUAAGCAACCCGAGCCUGAAGUUGAUCAAGUUGGUAAGAGACUAUGUGCAGUUCAGCGAGAUUUUGAUCAAGCGCUGUCAGAACGUCAUUCAAGUUCAGACCAGGAAUCUGCUGAAGUUCCCCAUCCAGGAAUAUGUCACCAACACUGGGGGUGCUGAACCUGAGCAGGACACCGAAAAGUCGCUAUUCAACUUACUUUCCUCCAAACUUCUCCUCGAUGAGAAGAACCUGGUAUCCUCGAUCGAGCUCAUAUACACUGCUAGCAGCAAGCAUUCGAUCAACUUGAUUCUACGGAACUUGAACAACACCAAGUACUUACCAUCAUAUAUCAACUCGCUGGAAAGGCCUUCGAGGUUGAUAGCUCAGCUAGAAAGGUGCAUAAAGAGCAUGAAAUGGGUGGACGAGUUCGGCUCUGGAAACACAGAAGUGUCUGUGUGGGAUCAUCUCUUGUCGACAAAUGCCAGUCUCAUUUUGGGUGGUGAUGAAGAGAGGCAGUCUCGUGGAUUGCUGGACAGAUACUGGAGGGAGAUAGCGUUGGGUGUUGACUCGGGGGUAAGAGAGGUUGUGAACCGAGGAGGGCCGAUUGUGAGAAACUUGAAGAACAUCAAGGGCGAGCUUGAGAAGGCCAUUGGAGAGGUGGUGAGCGGCUCCUACUCGGAGAUGGGGGAGCCUUUCAAAGUUGACAAAUUGGAGUACCGGAUGAUGCUGAACUCCAUCACGAACUUUGAAAGAAGGAAGUAG